UCCACGUACUAUGCGUUCUAAAGAGGAUAGAGCCGAAGCAUUACAACAAUAUGCUAUGUCCAAUGAUGCUUUUGAUUGGGAUGAUGCUGACGAACCAAGUUCCGAAUAUUUGGGUAGUGGUGCGGUGCCGUAUACUACCAAAGCUGUCGUCGAAAACGGUGAUUCCAGUCAAGAAUUGAUGAAGUAUGGCUCUGAUUUCCAUCAUGCUGUUAUGAUGGCUUCGCAAGGAAGGGAAGUUCAAGUUAUACAGUUAUUCAAACCAGAAGGAGGUGGCUUGGGAUUCAGUGUUGUAGGGUUGAAAAGUGAAAAUAGAGGAGAGCUAGGUAUAUUUGUACAAGAUAUCCAGCCAACAGGGGUGGCUUCACAUGAUGGUAGACUUCAAGAAAGUGAUCAGAUACUAGCAAUAGACGGGCAACCAUUAGAUGCAUCUAUAUCUCAUCAGCAAGCUAUUGGUAUCCUACAACAAGCUCAGGGUCUUGUAGAGUUGGUAGUAGCGAGGGGAGGCAUACCUAACAUUGCUCCGAUUGUCAGAUCAGCUACACCUUCACUGGAUAGAACACCAUCAGCUGUGAGCUCUGUCUCGCAACAAUCCGGUGUUAUUACUGCUGAGCAUCCAUUUAUUCAAUGGGGGCAUGUUGAAGAGAUCGUCUUGCACAAUGAUGGAACUGGUUUAGGAUUUGGCAUUAUCGGUGGUAAAAGUGCUGGUGUUGUGGUGAAAACAAUAUUACCAGGAGGUGUGGCAAGCAGGGAUGGAAGGCUUAGAAGUGGUGAUCAUAUUUUGAAGAUCGGUGACACAAGUCUUGCUGGUAUGAAUAGUGAGAAUGUGGCUACUGUGCUGCGACAGUCAGGCAGUACAGUCACGCUCACUGUCGCCAGAAACCCCAUGCUAGAACAGCCGUCAUCUCUGUCUUCAAACCAACAACAAAGUAUACCUGUGGUGGCUGCAGCCAAGUCAUCAACUCCUGUACCUCAACAAGAUGAGGAUUAUAACUUACAUCGACAGCAAGAGCAGACAACUGAUUUAGAUGUGGAAGUCUUUGAAGUGGAAUUGGUGAAAGACUCCAUGGGUUUAGGAAUCACCAUUGCUGGUUAUGUUGGACAAGGUAUAAGUGGAGAUGUGUCUGGAAUAUUUGUGAAAAGUGUAGCCAAAGACAGUACUGCAGAUAGAAGUGGAAAAGUUAAAGUUCAUGAUCAGAUCAUUGAGGUUGAUGGGACUAGUCUGGAUGGAUAUGAUAACAAGGAAGCAGUGGAUGUGUUAAGACAUACCGGAACUGUUGUAAAACUAAAACUUGCGAGAUACAAUGCAGGUAGCAUUGUUCAACCAUCACCUGUAGAACAGCCGCCACAGCCAUCACCACCACCACCACCACCAUCAUCAGAAUCACAAUAUGAAACUUUUCCCCCAGUCUAUCAAGAUACUGAUAUUGUGGCUGUGGCAUCAUCAUUCACUGAUGAAGAACCACAAGGUCCACCAGCUGCAUAUUUGGUCGCUGGUUCUGAUGAUAGUGAUGAGGAUGAUAUGUUGGCUGGUUAUCUUCCUCCAAGCAGUGUCUUUGUAGCACCACAGCAACAAAAUCAACAACCCCCACCACCACCUUAUGUUGAAGUCAAUAAUGCAGCCUAUAUGGAUGAUGACUAUACAAGUGAUUUAUCUCCUCAAGCUGAAGAAGCAAUCAAAGCACAUUGGAUGAAUAUUCUUGGACCAGAUGCUGAGGUCGAGGUUGCCCAGAUAAGUAAGUUCCAUCAAGGGGGAGGUUUAGGAAUAAGUCUUGAAGGUACUGUUGAUAUUGAAGAUGGAGAGGAGGUCAGACCGCAUCAUUAUAUCAGAUCAAUACUGCCUGAUGGACCUGUGGGACAGAAUGGAAAACUCAAAAGUGGUGAUGAACUUCUAGAGGUGAAUGGAACCCAGCUACUGGGACUCCACCACGUUGACGUGAUCGGCAUCUUAAAAGAACUACCCAUGUGCGUGAGAAUUGUCGUAGGACGUCAUGGACAUCCACUUUUCCCAGACAGAGGACUAACAGCUGAAUCACAGAAGAUAGAGAACAGUCCCAUGCUGGCUCAGCUGACUGCUAGCGAGCCAAACCUUUUCGGUGUCCAAAGUGGCGGCGGUGAUGCUAGUGAAGGCCUGGCCAAGGCUCAUUCUGAAUCUACUUUACUGGUACAAGAUGAGAAACCUGCAAGAAUAUUGGACACUUCAUCUGGAUUAGCAAUGUGGAGUGAUGCACCAACUGAGAUUAUACUGAUUAAGGCUGAUAGAGGAUUAGGAUUUAGUAUAUUGGAUUACCAGGAUCCAAUGAACCCAGAAGAGACUGUGAUUGUGAUUCGUAGUCUUGUUCCUGGUGGAGUUGCUGACCAAGAUAGUCGUUUAAUACCAGGUGAUAGACUAGUCUAUGUUAAUGAUACACAUCUUGAUAACUGUACAUUAGAGAAGGCUGUACAGGCUUUGAAAGGUGCACCACAGGGACCUGUGAGAAUAGGUGUAGCUAAACCAUUAGCAUUAUCAGAGUCUGCACACAGAGAUGAGGUUUCAUCAUCCAUUAAAGAACUUCAGAUGCAAGAAAUAUCUCUUGAUCAAUUAGAAGAUGAUGAAAUUAAACAGAUUCAGGAUUCCUCUUCUUCAUCCUCUUCUUCAUCUAAAUCUGAGGAAGAUAACGAACUAGAAAGACUGGAAGCUGCAAGAAAGGAAGCUAUGGCUGCUAUGAAUCUGUUUGCUGUAACUACCGGUAAAGAAGAACCCCAACGCCCACCGUCACCUAAAAUGGAUGAAAAACAUGAUGACGAAGAAAGAAUUGAAACUGUGAGAAGAGAAGCUAUGCAAGCAAUGAAUCAAUAUGCAGUGACUACUGGUAAGGAUCCCACCCCUCAGACAGAAGCACCUCAUUUCAGAGCUCCACCACCACUCUUUGACUCCUCAUCAGAAGACUUAGAUGUUGAUGAUGUUGAAGUAAAGCGGGAGAAAACCAAGUCAGAUGAAGAAAAAGAGAAAAUCGAAACUGUGAGACGGGAGGCAAUGGCAGCUAUGAAUAUGUAUGCAACAACAACGGGACAAAAAGCAGCUGAGCAACCAGUGGAAAAGUUAAAGACACCUUCCCCACCUCCGGAACCUCAAUCGUUCACACCGAUUCCUCCUCCCAGACCACAGCAAUCUGAUGAACAGAAAGAAAGACUGGAAGCUGCCAGGAGAGAAGCCAUGAUGGCUAUGAAUAGCUAUGCCAUGGAAACUGGUCAGAAAACACAAGAAAUAAGACCAGUUUCUCCUAAAUUGGAGCCUAAACAACUACAUGUCAGGCAACCUUCUCCUGAACCAGAACCAGUUGAAGAUAACACCGAAGAAGAGAAACGUUUAGAAGCGAUGAGAGUUGAGGAGGUGAUGGCCUUGAAUGCAUUUGCAAUAGCAUCAGUUCAAGAACCACAAGAAAUGGAGAUUGUGGCCGCGACACCAGUGAUGAUUGAGGUAAAAAGAAAUCAACCAGAACCGGUUGAGUUCAGAGAAUAUAAAGAGCAGUCACCGCAUGUCGAGUCAGUUCCUGCACAGGUUGCACAGGAAACCUAUGAAGUUGCCUCCAGUCACUCUAGCACAUCGUAUAGCGAGAGCGAAAGCGAGAGUGACGACGAGGAGCUAGAUGAGAGAAUAGAACAAGUAUCUGUGAAAGCUUUCGAGGAGUCAGUUGUUAGGGAAACUGUUGAAAUUGUUUCCCAGUCCUCUUCAUCUUCUGAAGUUGAUGAUGAGGUUCAAGUUUCAAUUGUUGUUGCUACACACACUCCAGUCCCUGACAUAAUAGAUGAUGUUUACCAAGUGCAUGCAGAUGAGGAUAGUGUGCAUGAUCAUAUCAUUACUAACGGUGUGCAUGAUAGUAGCGAAGUAUCAUCCGUAUCAUCGGGGACAUCCCAUACAUCCUACUCUGAAUCGGAUGGAGAAUUACAGGUGGAGGCAAUGCAUGCAUCGCUCAGUUCAGAUGAUGCCGAAACUCCAAUGCAUGCAUUAGAACAGCCUUUUAGCCACGAUGUAGCCAUUCACAGUGUCAGCCCGGUGGAUAAUUUGCAUGCUGAGGGUGAUUAUGAAAGUCCCGAUGAACAUUUAUACUCACAUCCAGAUCACUUAACUUAUCCCAGCAUUCAGAGCGACUCUGAUGAAGAAGUAGAAUUUCCACCAUUACCAGCAGGCCCCCCGCCACCACUCCCUUUCCAACCACCACCUACAGAGGAGGAGGAAGAGAUAGUACCUUACUUCAGUGAAUCUCAAUCGGAUGCGUCUAUGACGCCAUCGUUUGCCGUGGCAGCCCUGGAUAUGCAGGAUGAUGGUUCCACUGGAUCGAGUCCUAUGAGUUCUCCAGGAAUGCUGGAUAGGAAAGCAGUUGUUGUACUUCCAUGCAUUCUGGAAAAGACAGUUAGAUUAAACAAAGGAAAUGCUGGAUUAGGUUUUAUGACAGCAGCUGAAAAAGGUAAUGGUGUGAUUGUCAAGAGCAUUACCCGUGGUGGCAUUGUUGAUAUAGAUGGACGUAUUAAAGUUGGCGAUUAUAUAACGGCCGUCAAUAGCGAAUCGAUGCGAGAUUUAACAAAUUCUCAAGCAAGAUCUCUGCUUAGAAGAUGUUCCCUUAUUGGUACUGAUAUUCGGUAA